AUGCUGGCAGAGCGCGAGGGAGGUCAACGCACCGCGGGGCGGCGGGCGCCGCGGGCCCGAGAGCAGCCAACUGAUCAGCAGCACAAGCGUCAGGAGCAGCAGGAUGAGCAGCAGGAGCAGGAGGAGCAGCAGCAGCAGGAGAAGCAGCAGGAGCAGGAGCAGCAGCAGGAGCAGCAGGAGCAGCAGCAGGAGCGGCAGGAGCAGCAGCAGGAGCGGCAGGAGCAGCAGCAAGAGCGGCAGGAGCGGCAGGAGCAGCAGGAGCGGCAGGAGCGGCAGGAGCGGCAGGAGCGGCAGGAGCGGCAGGAGCGGCAGCGGGCCGCGCCUUUGACGGGGGCGUCUCUCGGCGGAGGCGCCCAGCAGCCGCACCCGGCCGAGCGGGCAACGGACGAGGCCUCAGCGGAGCACUCGCCGACGGCGGAGGCGCCGGCGCCGCCAGCGCCUGAGCUUCGGUCGCAGCCGCAGCCACAGCCUGAAGCAGGGGGGCCAGCGGCGGUUGGCACAGGGGCUGAGCCUGAGUUGGGGCUGGCUCCGGUGCAAGCCCGACCGCAGCGGAAGUCCACUCCACGCAAGCGCCCCGCGUCCCUCCACACGGCCGCACCAUCUCUCAAGCGGCAGCAGUCACUGCAGCAGCCAUCUCAGCAGCCAGAGAAACAGGAGCAGGAGGACGAGCAGCCGCCGCCGCCGCUGCCGCCGCAGCAGCAGCAGGUCCAGCAGCAACAGCCGCCGCGGUCGGUGCCGCCCACACCGCCGCCCCCCCGCGAGCCUCUGCGCCCUCCGACGGGCGGCGGCGACGGGCGCGGCAGCGGGGACGGCGGCGGCGACGGGGGCUCAGGAGAGGACAGCGAUUUUCCGAUUGCUGAGAUUGAGGUGUGUCUGGAUGAGGAGUCGGAGAAGUGGGGCGCCACCCUGGUGGCUUAUGGGUACCCCCUGCAGGUGGGCCUCUUCGCAGACGAGCGCGGCGCGACGCGCUCCUGCCAGAUCCUGGCCGCGGCGCUGUGGGGGCGCGAGGGCGCCGCGCUCGCGCUGGCCGGCGCGCCGCCCGCCGGCCGCGGCGGCCGCAGUGCCAGCGAGGGAGAGGAAGACGCGGCGGCGGAGGCGCCCGCAUGGGUCACGGUGGCCGACGGCGUGCUGACAACCGUCGCGGGGCGGGUGCGGGAGGCUUACGCAGCGGUGUUCGAGCGCGCGCAGCGUUGGGUGCGGCAGCAGCACGAGGCGCUAGGCCAAGGGGCGGGCCGCGCGCCGCCGGCGGCCGGCGCGGAUGCAGGCGCAGACGCAGACACAGGCGCGGGCGCGGGCGCGGGCGCGCCGCCGCCCGUGCGGGGGCGGCGGCGGCGCAAGGAGGCUGGAGGAGGGGGCGCAGCGGCGAAUGGGGCGGCCCCGGCACGCCGGGCCCCGUCGAAGGGAGGGCCGCCGGCAAGGGGCGGCCCAGGUGGCGUUGCUGGGCCUCGCAAGUUGGCGCGUCGUGUGGGGGAAGGCGCGGCGAGCCCGGCGGGCACGCAGCCCUCGGUCGACCUGACAUUAGACGACGAGGAGCAGUGCGGUGCGGCCGGCACUGCAGGCGCAGGGCGCUGCGCCCGCCUUGACGACCAAGGCCGCGCCGGCGGGGACGGGGCGGCGGCGCAAGCUGCGGAGUCAACGGGCGGCGAAAGGGACGUCAUCGAGAUUUUGGACUCCGACUGA